GCCCCCCGCCUCGCCCGCAUCAUGAUCGCCGCCGCUUUCCUUGUUUUGCUGAGACCCUACAGCAUCCAAUGUGCUCUCUUCCUCUUGUUGCUCCUGCUGGGCACCGUCGCCACCAUCGUCUUCUUCUGCUGCUGGCACCGCAAGCUCCAGAAAGGGAGACAUCCGAUGAAAUCGGUCUUUUCGGGUCGUUCCAGAAGCAGAGAUGCUGCUCUGAGAUCUCAUCACUUUCGCUCUGAGGGGUUCCGAGCAAGCCCCCGGCACAUCAGGAGGCGAGUUGCAGCGGCCGCAGCUGCCCGGCUUGAAGAAGUGAAGCCUGUGGUGGAAGUCCAUCAUCAGAGUGAACAAGAGUCAUCGGGGAGGAAGCGAAGGAUCAAGAAAAACAGCCGGGUGCAGCCAGAAUUCUAUCACUCUGUUCAAGGUGCUUCCACCAGAAGGCCUAGCUCCGGGAACGCGUCCUACCGCUGUUCUAUGUCCUCCUCUGCGGAUUUUUCUGACGAGGAUGAUUUCAGCCAGAAAUCUGGCUCAGCAUCUCCGGCUCCUGGAGACACCUUACCCUGGAAUUUGCCCAAGCACGAGAGAUCCAAAAGAAAGAUUCAAGGGGGCUCGGUGCUGGACCCAGCCGAGAGGGCUGUGCUUCGGAUAGCAGAUGAGCGGGACAAAGUUCAAAAGAAAACAUUUACAAAAUGGGUAAAUCAGCAUCUCAUGAAGGUUCGGAAGCACGUGAACGAUCUCUACGAGGAUCUGAGGGAUGGGCACAAUUUGAUCUCCCUCCUGGAGGUUCUGUCUGGAGACACCUUGCCCCGGGAGAAGGGUCGGAUGCGCUUUCACAGGCUACAGAACGUACAGAUUGCACUCGACUAUUUGAAAAGACGCCAGGUGAAGUUGGUGAAUAUCAGAAAUGAUGACAUAACAGAUGGAAAUCCUAAGCUGACUUUGGGGUUAAUAUGGACAAUAAUUCUGCACUUUCAGAUAUCUGACAUCCAUGUCACUGGAGAGUCAGAGGACAUGUCUGCGAAAGAAAGGCUGCUCCUGUGGACACAGCAGGCGACAGAAGGCUAUGCUGGGGUGCGGUGUGAAAACUUCACUACCUGCUGGAGAGAUGGGAAACUAUUCAAUGCCAUCAUUCAUAAAUACAGGCCGGACCUGAUAGACAUGAAUACUGUUGCUGUUCAAAGCAACCUUGCAAAUUUAGAGCAUGCUUUUUAUGUAGCUGAAAAAAUCGGUGUUAUCAGACUUCUGGACCCCGAAGAUGUCGAUGUCUCUUCCCCGGACGAGAAGUCGGUGAUAACCUAUGUGUCCUCCCUUUAUGAUGCAUUUCCCAAAGUCCCCGAAGGUGGCGAAGGCAUUGGUGCAAACGAUGUUGAAGUCAAAUGGAUUGAAUACCAGAAUAUGGUGAACUACCUCAUCCAGUGGAUUAGACACCACGUGGUCACAAUGUCUGAGAGAACAUUUCCUAACAAUCCUCUAGAACUAAAGGCACUUUAUAAUCAGUAUUUACAGUUCAAAGAGAAAGAAAUCCCACCAAAGGAGAUGGAGAAAUCAAAAAUUAAACGACUGUAUAAAUUAUUAGAGAUCUGGAUCGAGUUUGGGCGCAUCAAACUCCUUCAAGGGUAUCAUCCGAACGACAUCGAGAAGGAGUGGGGCAAACUCAUCAUCGCCAUGCUUGAGCGGGAGAAGGCGCUACGUCCCGAGGUGGAGAGGUUGGAUAUGCUGCAGCAGAUUGCCACCCGAGUUCAGAGGGAUAGUGUCAGCUGCGAAGACAAACUCAUCCUCGCCCGAAAUGCUCUCCAGUCUGAUUCCAAAAGGUUAGAGUCGGGAGUCCAGUUUCAGAACGAAGCGGAGAUUGCCGGGUACAUACUUGAAUGUGAGAACCUUUUACGCCAGCAUGUGAUUGAUGUACAGAUUCUGAUAGAUGGGAAAUACUACCAGGCCGAUCAGCUGGUGCAGAGGGUUGCAAAGCUGCGUGAUGAGAUUAUGGCCUUAAGGAACGAAUGUUCCUCAGUGUACAGCAAAGGACGCAUGCUGACCACGGAACAGACCAAGCUCAUGAUAUCAGGAAUCACUCAAAGCUUAAACUCAGGAUUUGCACAAACCUUACACCCCAGCCUGAACUCAGGGCUAACCCAGAGUUUAACCCCUUCCUUGACGUCUUCUAGCGUGACUUCUGGCUUGUCGUCCGGGAUGACUUCCCGCCUGACGCCAUCAGUUACUCCGGUGUAUGCACCUGGGUUCCCUUCAGUUGUAGCUCCAAACUUCAGUUUAGGGGUAGAGCCAAAUUCAUUACAGACUCUGAAGCUAAUGCAGAUCCGAAAGCCCCUUCUCAAGUCGUCUUUGCUGGAUCAGAACUUGACAGAAGAGGAAGUCAAUAUGAAAUUUGUUCAAGAUCUCUUGAACUGGGUUGAUGAGAUGCAGGUGCAGCUGGACCGCACUGAAUGGGGCUCAGAUUUGCCAAGUGUUGAAAGCCAUUUAGAAAACCAUAAAAAUGUUCACCGAGCCAUUGAAGAAUUUGAAUCCAGCCUUAAGGAAGCUAAAAUUAGUGAGAUUCAGAUGACAGCGCCUCUGAAACUCUCUUACACAGAUAAGUUGCACAGAUUAGAGAGUCAGUACGCUAAACUCUUGAAUACAUCCAGAAAUCAGGAGCGGCACCUCGAUACACUCCACAACUUUGUAACCCGUGCAACUAACGAGCUUAUCUGGUUGAAUGAAAAGGAGGAGUCGGAAGUCGCUUAUGACUGGAGUGAGAGAAACAGCAGUGUCGCCCGGAAGAAAAGCUACCAUGCGGAGCUGAUGCGGGAGCUGGAGCAGAAGGAGGAGAGCAUUAAAGCUGUUCAGGAGAUCGCAGAGCAGCUGCUUCUGGAAAACCACCCAGCCCGCUUGACCAUCGAGGCGUACAGAGCAGCCAUGCAGACGCAGUGGAGCUGGAUCCUACAGCUGUGCCAGUGCGUGGAGCAGCACAUUCAGGAGAACUCUGCCUAUUUUGAGUUUUUCAAUGAUGCCAAAGAAGCCACUGAUUACCUACGGAAUCUGAAAGAUGCCAUCCAGCGCAAGUACAGCUGUGACAGAUCCAGCAGCAUUCACAAACUGGAAGACCUCGUCCAGGAGUCCAUGGAGGAAAAGGAGGAACUCCUGCAGUACAGGAGUGUGGUGGCAGGGCUGAUGGGGCGAGCAAAGACAGUGGUGCAGCUGAAGCCAAGGAAUCCUGACAACCCACUCAAGACGUCCAUCCCCAUCAAAGCCAUCUGUGACUACAGACAGAUUGAGAUAACCAUUUACAAAGACGAUGAGUGUGUCUUGGCAAACAACUCUCAUCGAGCUAAAUGGAAGGUCAUCAGUCCUACUGGGAACGAGGCCAUGGUCCCAUCUGUGUGUUUUACUGUUCCCCCACCAAACAAAGAAGCAGUUGACUUUGCCAACAGAAUUGAGCAACAGUAUCAGAGUGUGCUCGCUCUCUGGCAUGAGUCUCACAUAAACAUGAAGAGUGUAGUCUCCUGGCACUAUCUAGUCAAUGAAAUCGACAGAAUUCGAGCUAGCAAUGUGGCUUCGAUAAAGACGAUGUUGCCUGGCGAACACCAGCAGGUCCUCAGUAAUCUCCAGUCCCGCUUGGAGGAUUUCCUGGAGGACAGCCAGGAAUCCCAAAUAUUCUCAGGCUCGGAUAUAAGUCAACUCGAAAAGGAAGUGAGUGUGUGCAGGAAGUAUUAUCAAGAGCUUCUCAAGUCUGCAGAAAGAGAGGAGCAAGAGGAAUCUGUGUAUAAUCUUUACAUCUCGGAAGUGCGUAACAUUCGGCUCCGCCUGGAGAGCUGUGAAGACAGGUUAAUUCAGCAGAUCCGGACUCCCCUGGAAAGAGAUGAUUUACAUGAAAGCAUGCUCAGGAUCACGGAGCAGGAGAAACUGAAGAAAGAGCUGGAUCGGCUUAAAGAUGACUUGGGAGCGAUCACAAAUAAGUGUGAAGACUUUUUCAGCCAAGCGGCUGACUCGCCGUCUGUCCCCGCUCUCCGAUCAGAGCUCAGCGUGGUCAUUCAGAGCAUGAGUCAGAUCUACUCUAUGUCUUCCACGUACAUAGAGAAGUUGAAGACUGUGAAUUUGGUUUUAAAAAACACUCAAGCUGCAGAAGCCCUUGUCAAACUCUACGAAACAAAACUGUGUGAAGAGGAAGCAGUUAUAGCAGACAAGAAUAACAUUGAGAAUUUAAUGAGUACUUUAAAGCAAUGGCGAUCAGAAGUAGAUGAGAAGAGAGAGGUGUUCCAUGCAUUGGAAGACGAGUUGCAGAAAGCAAAAGCCAUCAGUGAUGAGAUGUUCAAGACACACAAAGAACGGGACCUUGACUUUGACUGGCACAAAGAAAAGGCAGACCAGCUUGUCGAAAGGUGGCAGAGCAUUCAUGUCCAGAUCGACAACAGGCUCCGGGACUUAGAAGGAAUCGGGAAGUCCCUGAAGCACUACAGGGACUCCUACCACCCUCUCGAUGACUGGAUCCAGCACAUUGAAACGACCCAGAGAAAAAUUCAGGAAAAUCAGCCAGAAAACAGCAAAGCCCUGGCCCUGCAGCUGAACCAACAGAAGAUGCUGGUGUCUGAAAUAGAGGUGAAGCAGAGCAAAAUGGAUGAGUGUCAGAAAUACUCAGAGCAGUACUCGACUGCCGUCAAGGACUACGAAUUGCAAACAAUGACCUACAGGGCUAUGGUGGAUUCCCAGCAGAAGUCACCAGUGAAGCGACGGCGGAUACAGAGCUCAGCAGACCUCGUUAUUCAAGAGUUCAUGGACCUGCGGACACGGUACACUGCCCUGGUCACUCUCAUGACGCAGUAUAUUAAAUUUGCUGGUGAUUCAUUGAAAAGGCUGGAAGAGGAGGAGAAGUCACUGGAUGAAGAGAAGAAACAACAUAUUGAAAAAGCUAAAGAAUUACAGAAAUGGGUAUCAAAUAUCAGCAAGACCCUGGGAGAUGGGGAGAAAGCUGGGAAACCUCUCUUCUCUAAGCAACAGAUGUCCAGUAAAGAAAUAUCAACCAAGAAGGAGCAGUUCUCAGAAGCUCUUCAGACCACACAGAUCUUUUUGGCUAAACAUGGAGACAAACUGACAGAGGAAGAAAGAAGUGACUUGGAGAAACAGGUGGAAACCCUGCAGGAGGGCUACAAUUUAUUAUUCAGUGAAUCUCUGAAACAACAAGAAUUACAACCCUCAGGAGAGUCGAAGGUCCCGGAGAAGCCGGAUAAAGUGAUUGCGGGCACCAUCAAUCAGACCACUGGAGAGGUCCUGUCUGUCUUUCAGGCAGUUUUAAGAGGCCUGAUUGACUAUGAAACAGGGGUCAGGUUGCUUGAGGCACAGCUAGUGAUAACUGGUUUAAUUUCACCAGAGUUAAGAAAGUGUUUUGACCUCAGAGAUGCUGAAAGCCACGGCCUCAUUGAUGAACAAAUUCUGCGCCUACUAAAAGAACUAAAUCAAGCAAAGCAGCUCAUUUCUACUGCCUCGCCGACCACGAUCCCCGUGCUUGAUUCUCUGGCUCAGGGCAUGGUCUCAGAAUCCAUGGCCAUCCGAGUUCUUGAGAUACUGCUCUCCGCGGGCUCCCUGGUUGUUCCAGCCACAGGUGAACACCUUACCUUACAAAAGGCUUUCCAACAGAACUUGAUUUCCUCCGCCUUGUUUUCUAAAGUCCAAGAAAGGCAAGACACUUGCAAAGACCUUAUUGACCCGUGCACUUCUGAGAAGGUAUCUUUAACUGAUAUGGUACAAAGGAGUAUUUUGCAGGAAAAUACCAGGAUGUGGCUUUUACCAGUGAGACCGCGGGAAGCUGGCAGAAUAACACUGAAGUGUGGAAGAAGUGUUAGCAUCCUGAGAGCAGCUCACGAGGGACUCAUAGACCGAGAAACCAUGUUUAGGCUGUUAGGGGCACAGCUUCUGUCUGGUGGUCUCAUUGAUUGCAACUCCGGUCAGAAAAUGACCGUUGAAGAAGCUGUGGCAGAAGGGGUGAUUGACAGAGACACCGCAAGCAGCAUCCUCACCUACCAGGUUCAGACGGGUGGGAUCAUGCACUCAAACCCUGCUAAGCGACUGACUGUGGACGAAGCAGUACAGUGUGAGUUGAUAACUUCCAGCAGCGCACUGCUGGUUCUGGAGGCUCAGCGGGGCUACGUUGGACUCAUCUGGCCCCACUCUGGUGAAAUAUUUCCCACAUCUUCUUCCUUACAGCAAGAGUUGAUUACAAAUGAAUUAGCCUCCAAAAUUCUGAAUGGGAGACAGAAAAUCGCUGCUCUCUACAUCCCAGAAAGCUCUCAGGUCGUCGGUCUGGAUGCCGCUAAGCAGCUGGGGAUCAUAGAUAACAACACAGCAUCGGUUUUAAAAAAUGUAACGCUGCCAGACAAAAUGCCUGAUUUAGGAGAUUUGGAAGCUUGUAAAAACGCCAAAAGGUGGCUCUCUUUUUGUAAAUUCCAGCCAUCCACAGUUCAUGAUUACAGGCAAGAAGAGGAUGGUUCUGAUGGUGAAGAGCCAGUCACAGCUCAGAGCUCAGAACAAACUAAAAAGUUAUUCCUAUCCUAUUUAAUGGUGAACAGCUACAUGGAUGCACACACGGGCCACAGGCUUCUGCUCUAUGACGGAGACUUGGAUGAGGCCGUGGGCAUGCUUCUGGAAAGCUGCGGUGCAGAACUCGGAGCCGACACGUCCACAAGAGAAAGCCUGUCUGUCUUCACCAUCCCUGAUGUCUUUCCUGAUUGUGCUUUGAGCGAAGAAAAGCACGAGUGUUCGGCUUCAGCAGCUGGGCCUGAUAAAUGUCAUUACAGUCACCCCGGACAUAAAGAGUCUCUUGAAAAUGCAAAGUGGGACAUGAAUGAAACGUUUUGUAAAAUGGGAAACAAUGAUAACAAUGGUGAGUUGCCGCGGCCAGAAAACCUAGCAGAUACAACAGUUGUUCAGAAAGGCUCAGAAAGUCCAUCUAGAGUGCGUGUCCCCAAACCUACAUCAUCUUCAACACAGCCUGAAGGGAGCGUACUCAAACCUGAUUCUGGUAGCAUACUUAAAGACUGUAAAAAUCAAAGUGAGCUUGUUACAAAAGAGUAUCCAGAUGAAGGUAACCAUUCUAAUUUUUUGACAUCAGAAACCAGUAGAUCUUGUGAUUUGAAUGAAAGAGAGGAGGAAGAGAAUAUACAGAAGGGCCCCUCUGUCUUUGACUAUUCCCCCCGGCUGAGUGCCCUGUUAAGCCACGAUGAGUUGAGGCACAGUCAGGGGCGUUUUAGUGAUACAGGUACCCCACAGAACACAGGAUAUUUAUGCGAAGCCUCUACUUUGUCAUCCAGUGACCAGAGUGUGUUGGCUGAUCAGAGCACAGGAGAAAAGUUUCAAGACCAGUUCCUAGGAAUCGCAGCUAUUAGCGUCAGCCUCCAGGGGGCGCCCUGUGGACAGAAGCCUGUAGCUACUGAGUGUAGCAGUUCUCACGUAUACUAUCACAGGAAUGAAUCCAUGUCGGAUGCUUCUGCUGAGAGUGGAGCCACUCGGCAGACAGAUGAGUCAGAGAAAACUGGGUCUAAGGUGGAAGACAACUCCUGUACCGUGGUCCCUGGGGGUGGCUCCUGCAAUGCCAACACAUCAGUUUGUGGCCCACUGUCACAUAAAGGAGCCAUUGAUGCUGGUGACUAUGAGACAUCACUGCUGGCCGGCCAGCAGAGCGACACGGCAACAGACAGCGACAGUGAUGACUAUUUCUAUGACACCCCCUUGUUUGAAGAUGAGGACCAUGACUCUCUAAUCCUUCAAGGUGACGACCGUGACUGUUUGCAACCCGAGGACUAUGACACCUCCUUGCAGGAGGAAAGUGGCAGGACCCCUCCUCCUGAUGACAUUUUUUAUGAUGUUAUGAAAGAGAAGGAAAAUCCUGAGUUUCCUCAUGGAGGAAUGGAUGAGAGCUUAAGUGUGGAGAACAAAGUAUGUUGCCCUCAGGGGUUUCCUGUAGGUAUUGAGAAACCUGAGUUGUAUUUAGCUGUUGAGAAACAGUUUAAUUCUAGUGGCUCAGAACAGUUAGUGGAGUCUGUGUCUGAAAGUGAGAACCCGCCUGGCCUCUGGGAUAGUGAGUCUGACUCGUUGACUGAGGGUGAGAUUAUAGGAAGGAAAGAGAGCUUAGGAGCUUCGUUAACACCUGAUGGUCAUUGGAGAGGGGACAGAGAAGAGUGUGACACCAGCCGAGAAAGCCAGUCUGAUACCGAUGGGGUAGGCUCCAUACAAAGUAUCGAAAGCUACAGGCCUUAUAUGAGCAAUGGUAGUGACUUGGAUGAGGAAGACAAUUGGGGCCGCAGCAGUGAGGACAGUGGAGACAGGCAAGGAGGACAAGGAGUAGCAGAUGAGGGUGGAGAGCCCGAGUACCAAGCUGACCCUACCCAGUUGUACACUGCUAUCAGGAAAGAACACGGGGGUGAAACCCAAAAUGUCAGUGACAUGAUUCCCCUGGACAAAACGCACAGUUAUAGUCCAUUAGAAACGCAGCAUGGUGCAGGUGUUUUCCAGCCAGAGUCGGCUGGUAAGGGAGGUCGGGACACAGAAAGAAGCAGCCAUCCAGAACUUACCACUGAAGCUGAUGAGGAAGACGAAGCAAGUCUGUCCACUCACAUGGCAACUAAAGGUGUGUCACCGUCUAAUGCUGAAGGCACUGCCUCAGAAGAAAUCAGGUUGGUUCAAGGGCCAGACUCUACAGGCAUUCUAAGAGCUGAAGACAAGGACCUCGAGAAUGUAUCGCCAGAAAUCAGCCCAUCUCCUGACAACAUUGUCCGUUCUGAAGCUGAGUUAGGAGGAAGAGCUUCUGAGGAAGGCCAUCUGUCACUUACAGGGAGUGACAGGGAUCAGCAGGGACCUGGAAGAGGUCUGGUUCAAGGUAGAGAUGGCCAAAGCGAUAAGCUGCUAGAUGAGACGUCCAUUCGGGAAAUGGGCUUUCAGAAAGAAGGGGUGUUGAUGAACAGCCCAGAGGAAGGAGAAGAAGAGGAAAGGUAUCUCGACCCCUUCCCGAAUGGAAGUGCAACCGAGAGCCUCAACAUGGGUAAGAGUCAGCUUCCCCCUCUACUGACCCACACCGAGGAACUUAGCCACAGAGGGGCUCCGCACACAGCAACCAUGACUCUUGAAGGUGAAAUGAAGGAUGUGCAAACGGGGUUUACCGAAAGUCCUGUCCUGCUUGAGACUCUUGCACAAAUAUUUGACACCUCAGCUUCUAAAGUGACUCGUGCUGACUUGACUUCAGCUGUAACAUCCUCUGAGAUGAAGAGCCAAGUGAAAGAAGAUUCCCUCACUGGGGGACCAGAGAAAGAGACUGAUCCGUUUACUUCUUUAGGACAUUGUGAUAAAUGUAUACAUGUGGAUAUGCUGGAACCCAACGAAAAUACCCCAAGCUGUGCUUUAGUAGCUUCUCCUACCGUGAAAGAUAACGUAUGCUCUGUAAAUAAUGCAGAGGAGAAGUCAGUCAGUCCCCAAGAAGACUGGCCUCCAGGUGCUGAGGUCCAGCUAAGUGAUGCUUGUGUGGAGGAAAGUAUCUCUGAAGGCAAAGCAGGCAUUCUCCAGUUCACUCCGGAAAAUAGUGACACCACCCUGUCACUCCUACCUCAUCAAAGCGUGGCGGGCUGUGGGGAAAGCACCGAUUCUGUGCAGGCUGGGCUCCGUGUGAGUGGAGUGAGACACAGCUCCGAUGACACGUUAGACGUGGGCUGCCUGCAGUUAGAAAGCAGCAGAGAGAAAGCAAGCACUGAGAAGGAGCCACACAGAGAACUCGCCUUGUCUCCGAGGCCCCGAGAGAGAGAACAUCGUACGCUUGAGUUAGUAGAAGAUGGGAGAAGUAUCUUGAAAAGCAGUUUAGACAACGCUCACAUGAAUCUCCAGGAAGCGGGAGACCCUUCAGCUGGCACAGGGACGAACAUUUCAAUUCAGAACUUAAUUAAAAGAGCUCUCUUGUCUCAGUUGCCAAGUGAAGUUUCAAAUGUGCCCAGUCAUGGCAUUUCCCCCAUUGGUAACUCAUCAGAAGUAAAGGCAGAGAGUGGAGGUGGUUCUUUCUGCAUUACAAGUCUUCUUGAUCUAUGGAAGGAAAACCAGCCUCCCCAAGAAACUCCAGGCACCUCUGAGUUAGCUAAAGUAUUAACCCAGAUGGACUGUGAUCCGCAGCAAAGAGGCCUUGGGUCUGAAUUACUUCCACCACAACUUAAAAAUGCCUUUUACAAGCUGCUGUCUGAUGGCUAUUCAACUGAAGGAGACCUGGCCGAAGCUUUGGGGCAAACAUCACGUGCUGAUCCCAAGAUGGUGGAAGAAAAGCCACACAUCUGCAGUGACCUCAGAAACAAAGAAGGACAUCACUGUCCCCUGAACCCACAAUCCAUAAGGGAAGCCGAGGUAGACCCCUCCAGUGUGCACAUAGCAGCACUGCCAGGAGGUGAGAAGCUCGGAGAACUUUGCAGCGAGCCCCCAGAGCAUUCAGAAAGUACAUCUGGAUUAAAAGAAAGGUCUUCUGAUGGUAGCUCGAAAGAAAACUGUUCCAAUGGCUUGCAACAGUGUUUACAGCAUACUGAGAAAAUGCAUGAAUAUUUGGUUUUGCUUCAAGAUAUGAAACCCCCCUUAGACAAUCAGGCAUCCGUGGAGAGCAGUCUAGAAGCCUUGAAGAGUCAGCUGAAGCAGUUAGAGGCCUUUGAGUUGGGAUUGGCCCCCAUCGCUGUAUUUUUAAGGAAAGAUCUAAAGUUGGCAGAAGAAUUCUUAAAGUCUUUUCCUAGCGACCUUCCCAGAAGACAUCAUGAGGAACUGAGCAAAAGCCACCAACGUUUACAGAACGCCUUCUCGUCCCUCAGCAGUGUGUCCUCAGAAAGGAUGGAACUGAUCAAACUUGCAAUCGACUCUGAGAUGUCUAAGCUGGCUGUUCGUCAUGAAGACUUCUUACACAAACUUACGUCCUAUUCAGAUUGGGUGUCAGAGAAAAGCAGAUCUGUGAAGGACAUUCAAACUGUGAAUGUCCAAGAUACUGAACUUGUAAAGAACAGUGUGAAGUUUCUUAAGAAUGUGCUAGCAGACCUUUCACAUACCAAAAUGCAGCUGGAAACGACGGCCUUUGACGUACAGUCCUUCAUCUCUGAUUAUGCACAAGAUCUGUCUCCCAGCCAAAGCAGACAACUGCUGAGACUCUUAAAUACAACCCAGAAGGGUUUUCUUGACCUGCAGGAGCUGGUAACCACGGAGGCGGACCGGUUAGAGGCGCUCCUGCAGCUGGAGCAGGAGCUGGGUCAUCAGAAGGUUGUGGCAGAGCGUCAGCAAGAGUACAGAGAGAAACUCCAAGGGCUGUGUGAUCUCCUCACCCAGACUGAAAACCGCCUAAUUAGUAACCAGGAAGCCUUUGUGAUUGGAGAUGGCACAGUGGAGUUACAGAAGUACCAGUCCAAGCAAGAGGAAUUACAGAGAGAUAUGCAAGGAAAUACACAGGCACUGGAAGAAAUAGUGCGAAACACAGAACUCUUUUUAAAAGAGAGCGGUGACGAGUUGUCCCAAGCAGAUAGAGCUCUGAUUGAGCAGAAACUGAACGAGGUGAAGAUGAAGUGUGCGCAGCUGAACUUAAAGGCAGAGCAGUCGAGAAAGGAGUUGGAUAAGGCGGUGACUACGGCCCUCAAGGAGGAGACUGAAAAGGUUGCAGCUGUGAGGCAGCUGGAAGAGAGCAAAACCAAGAUAGAAAAUCUUUUGAACUGGCUGUCAAAUGUUGAGGAAGACUCCGAAGGGGCGUGGAAGAAGCACACACAACCCAUGGAGCAGAACGGAACCUAUUUGCAUGAAGGUGAUAGCAAGUCAGGAGCUGGCGAAGAGGAUGAAGUCAAUGGUAACCUGCUGGAGACAGAUGCUGAAGGGCACAGUGAGGCCACGAAGGGGAAUCUGAACCAGCAGUACGAGAAAGUCAAGGCCCAGCACGGAAAGAUCAUGGCUCAGCACCAGGCGGUCCUCCUAGCCACACAGUCGGCCCAGGUGCUGCUUGAGAAACAGGGCCACUAUCUGUCUCCCGAGGAGAAGGAGAAGCUGCAGAAGAACAUGCAGGAGCUGAAGGUGCAUUACGAGAGCGUGCUGGCCGAGUGCGAGAAGAAGGUGAAGCUGACACACUCCCUGCAGGAGGAGCUGGAGAAGUUUGACACCGACUACAGCGAGUUUGAGCACUGGCUACAGCAGUCCGAGCAAGAGCUGGCGAACCUGGAGGCAGGUGCGGACGACCUCAGCGGGCUCACGGACAAGCUGACGAGGCAGAAGAGCUUCUCAGAGGACGUCAUUUCUCACAAAGGCGACUUGAGGUACAUCACCAUUUCCGGAAACAGGGUGAUAGACGCUGCCAAAUCUUGCAGCAAGAGAGACGGUGACAGGAUCGGCAAGGACAGCAUCGAGACUUCCGCAACCCACAGAGAAGUUCAGACCAAACUGGACCAGGUUACAGACCGCUUCAGGUCUCUCUACUCUAAGUGCAGUGUUCUUGGAAAUAACCUCAAAGAUCUGGUGGAUAAAUACCAGCACUACGAAGACGCUUCCUGCGGACUUCUCUCUGGGCUCCAGGCCUGCGAGGCCAAAGCCAGCAAACAUUUACUGGAGCCCAUUGCUUUGGAUCCCAAAAAUCUGCAAAGGCAGCUAGAAGAGACCAAGGCUUUGCAAGGACAGAUAUCAAGUCAGCAGGUUGCUGUAGAGAAGCUGAAGAAAACCGCAGAGGUACUCUUGGAUGCCAAGGGCUCGCUGCUUCCUGCCAAGAAUGACAUCCAGAAGACGCUUGAUGACAUUGUCGGGAGAUACGAUGAUCUGUCCAAGUGUGUGAACGAACGGAACGAAAAGCUUCAGAUCACUCUGACCCGCUCCCUGAGUGUGCAGGACGCUUUGGAUGAGAUGCUGGACUGGAUGGGAAGUGUGGAAAGCUCCCUGGUCAAGCCAGGUCAAGUGCCACUAAACUCCACAGCGCUCCAGGAUCUCAUCAGUAAAGACACCAUGCUGGAGCAGGAUAUUACGGGUCGUCAAAGCAGCAUAAAUGCCAUGAACGAAAAGGUGAAGACAUUUAUAGAGACGACAGACCCGUCCACGGCUUCCUCACUGCAAGCGAAAAUGAAGGACCUGUCUGCUCGCUUUUCCGAAGCAAGUCAGAAACACAAGGAAAAGCUUGCCAAGAUGGUGGAGCUAAAGGCCAAAGUAGAGCAGUUUGAGAAGCUCUCAGAAAAGCUCCAGACGUUUCUAGAGACACAGAGCCAGGCGCUCACCGAGGUGGACAUGCCAGGAAAGGAUGUUCCGGAGCUGUCUCAGCAUAUGCAGGAAUCAACUGCUAAAUUCUUAGAACACAGGAAAGAUCUCGAAGCUUUGCACAGCCUCCUGAAAGAGAUAUCCAGCCAUGGCUUACCAGGGGACAAAGCUCUGGUGUUUGAGAAAACUAAUAACUUGUCAAAGAAAUUCAAAGAAAUGGAAGAUACUAUCCAAGAAAAGAAAGACGCUCUAAGUUCUUGUCAGGAGCAGCUGAGUGCUUUUCAAACCCUCGCUCAGUCACUGAAAACAUGGAUAAAAGAGACAACCAAGCAGGUUCCCGUUGUGAAGCCUUCUCUUGGCGCAGAGGACUUGAGAAAAUCUCUGGAAGAAACCAAGAAAUUACAAGAAAAGUGGAAUCUGAAAGCACCAGAAAUUCACAAAGCAAACAACAGUGGUGUCUCACUAUGUAACCUGCUGAGUGCAUUGAUCAGCCCUGCAAAGGCCAUAGCCGCAGCCAAAUCAGGUGGAGUAAUACUAAAUGGUGAAGGAACAGACACAAAUACUCAGGAUUUCUUGGCAAAUAAAGGUUUAACAUCUAUUAAGAAGGACAUGACUGACAUAAGCCACAGUUACGAAGACCUGGGCCUCUUACUCAAGGAUAAAAUAGUUGAACUGAACACUAAGCUCUCCAAAUUGCAAAAGGCUCAGGAAGAGUCCAGUGCAAUGAUGCAGUGGUUACAGAAGAUGAACAAGACGGCCAGCAGGUGGCGCCAGACACCUACACCUGCAGACACUGAGUCUGUGAAGCUGCAAGUGGAGCAGAACAAGUCAUUUGAGGCAGAACUGAAGCAAAAUGUAAACAAAGUGCAAGAAUUAAAAGACAAACUGUCAGAGCUUCUGGAAGAGAACCCAGAGGCUCCCGAGGCCCCGUCCUGGAAGCAGGCGCUGGCAGAGAUGGACACUAAGUGGCAAGAGCUCAACCAGUUAACCGUGGACAGGCAACAAAAGCUGGAAGAGUCCUCCAAUAACCUAACCCAGUUCCAGACCACAGAGGCCCAGUUAAAACAGUGGCUCGUGGAGAAGGAGCUGAUGGUCAGCGUGCUCGGGCCCUUGUCCAUUGACCCAAACAUGUUGAACACACAGAAGCAGCAGGUCCAGAUUCUGCUGCAAGAGUUCGACACCCGGAAAUCUCAGUAUGAACAGUUCACAGCGGCUGGCCAGGGCAUUCUGAGCAGGCCUGGGGAAGACCCUUCUUUACAUGGGAUUGUGAACGAGCAACUGGAAGCUGUGACCCAGAAGUGGGACAACCUAACAGGACAACUGAGGGACAGAUGCGAGUGGAUUGACCAGGCUAUCGUCAAAAGCACGCAAUACCAGAGCCUGCUGAGAAGUCUCUCGGGUACCCUGACUGAGCUGGAUGACAAGCUCAGCAGCGGCCUCACCUCGGGCGCACUGCCGGAUGCCGUGAACCAACAACUGGAGGCAGCCCAGAGGCUGAAGCAGGAAAUCGAGCAGCAGACACCGAAGAUCAAGGAGGCCCAGGAGGUCUGUGAGGACCUGUCGGCGCUGGUCAAAGAGGAGUACUUGAAAGCAGAACUGAGCAGACAACUAGAAGGCAUCUUAAAGUCGUUUAAGGAUAUUGAGCAGAAGACAGAGAAUCAUGUUCAGCACCUCCAGUCAGCCUGUGCGAGCUCACACCAGUUUCAGCAAAUGUCUAAGGAUUUCCAAGCAUGGCUUGACGCCAAGAAAGAAGAGCAGAGGGACUCUCCCCCGAUAUCCGCAAAGCUGGAUGUCUUGGAGUCGUUACUUAACUCGCAGAAAGACUUUGGCAAAACUUUCACUGAGCAGUCUAACAUUUACGAGAAAACCGUUACAGAAGGCGAAAACCUGUUAUUGAAGACACAGGGGGCAGAGAAGGCAGCUCUACAGUUGCAGCUGAACACCAUCAAAACAGACUGGGACCGAUUUAGGAAACAGGUGAAAGAAAGGGAAGAGAAAUUGAAAGACUCGUUGGAAAAAGCCCUCAAGUACAGAGAGCAAGUGGAGACUCUGCGGCCGUGGAUAGACAAAUGUCAGCACAGCCUGGACAACGUGACAUUCUCCCUGGAUCCCACUGAGUCAGAGAGUUCCAUCACCGAGUUAAAGUCCCUGCAGAAGGAAAUGGACCACCACUUUGGUAUGCUGGAACUACUGAACAACACAGCCAAUAGCCUGCUCAGCGUCUGCGAGGUAGAUAAAGAAGCGGUCACAGAGGAGAAUCAGUUAUUGAUGGAAAAGGUAAACACGGUCACUGAGCAGCUCCAAAGUAAGACAGUCUCCCUGGAGAACAUGACCCAGAAGUUUAAAGAAUUUCAGGAAGUCUCCAAAGACACCAAAAGGCAGCUUCAGGAUGCAAAAGAACAGCUAGAGGUCCAUCACUCCCUAGGACCCCAGGCAUACAGUAACAAGCACCUGUCUGUGCUGCAGGCUCAACAGAAGUCACUGCAGACCCUGAAGCAGCAGGUAGACGCAGCAAAAAGGCUUGCUCAGGACCUCGUGGUAGAAGCUGCAGACUCAAAGGGAACCUCUGAUGUGUUGUUGCAAGCGGAGACGUUAGCUGAAGAGCACAGUGAACUGAGCCAACAGGUGGACGAGAAGUGUUCUUUCUUAGAAACCAAGCUACAGGGUCUCGGCCACUUCCAGAAUACCAUCCGAGAGAUGUUCUCUCAGUUUACAGAGUGUGACGAUGAGCUGGACGGCAUGGCCCCGGUAGGGAGAGAUGCGGAAACCCUGAGAAAGCAAAAGGCGUGCAUGCAGACCUUUCUGAAGAAACUGGAAGCCCUCAUGGCGAGCAACGACAGCGCCAACAGAACCUGCAAGAUGAUGCUGGCCACCGAGGAGACCUCUCCUGACCUCAUUGGAGUCAAGAGGGACUUAGAAGCCUUGAGCAAGCAGUGCAACAAGCUGCUGGACCGGGCGACAACCAGGGAGGAGCAGGUGGAUGGAGCCACCGAGAAGCUGGAAGAGUUCCACUGCAAGCUGGAGGAGUUCUCCACUCUGCUCCAGAAGGCUGAAGAACACGAAGAGUCCCAGGGCCCCGUAGGUACAGAAACCGAGACAAUCAACCAGCAGCUUGAUGUGUUUAAGGUAUUCCAGAAAGAAGAAAUCGAACCCUUGCAGGUGAAGCAGCAGGAUGUGAACUGGUUAGGCCAAGGCCUUAUUCAGAGCGCAGCUGCAAACACCUGCACUCAGGGUCUGGAGCGUGACCUGGACAGUGUCAACUCGCGGUGGAAGACUCUCAAUAAGAAGGUGGCUCAGCGAACAUCCCAGCUGCAGGAGGCCCUGCUACACUGUGGAAGGUUCCAGGAUGCCCUGGAGUCCCUGCUCAGCUGGAUGGCAGACACAGAGGAGCUUGUGGCCAAUCAGAAGCCUCCGUCUGCUGAGUUCAAAGUAGUGAAGGCCCAGAUACAGGAACAAAAGCUUCUGCAAAGACUGCUGGAAGACCGGAAGUCUACAGUGGAGGUGAUCAAACGAGAAGGAGAGAAAAUCGCUGCUUCGGCAGAGCCUGCGGACAGAGUGAAGCUCACGAGGCAGCUGAGCCUCUUGGACAGUAGAUGGGAAGCACUCCUGAGCAGAGCUGAAGCAAGGAACCGUCAACUGGAAGGGAUCUCAGUGGUAGCUCAGGAGUUUCAUGAGACCCUGGAGCCACUGAACGAGUGGCUCACAGCCGUAGAAAAGAAGCUGGCAAACUCAGAGCCCAUAGGAACCCAGGCACCAAAGCUGGAGGAGCAGAUUGCACAGCACAAGGUCUUAGAAGAUGACAUCACCAAUCACAACAAACAGUUGCACCAGGCCGUUAGCAUCGGCCAGUCCUUAAAGGUCCUCAGCUCCAGGGAGGACAAGGAUUUGGUGCAGACUAAGCUAGACUCCUUGCAAGUGUGGUACUUUGAGAUUCAAGAGAAAAGUCACAGCAGGUCUGAGCUCCUCCAGCAGGCCCUGUGCAAUGCUAAGAUUUUUGGGGAAGAUGAAGUUGAGCUGAUGAACUGGCUGAAUGAAGUACAUGGCAAACUGAGCAAGCUCUCAGUCCAGGAUCACAGCACAGAGGCACUGUGGAGACAGCAGGCUGAACUCAGGGCUCUACAAGAAGACAUUCUCCUCAGGAAACAGAGUGUAGAUCAGGCACUGCUGAACGGCUUAGAACUGCUCAAACAAACCACAGGUGAUGAAGUCUUAAUCAUUCAAGAUAAGUUGGAAGCCAUUAAAGCCAGGUACAAAGACAUCACCAAGUUGAGUGCCGAUGUAGCGAAGACCCUAGAACAUGCUCUGCAGCUCGCCGGCCAGCUGCAGUCCACGCACGAGGAGCUGUGUAACUGGCUGGACAAGGUGGAGGUGGAGCUGCUGUCCUACGAGACUCAGGGCCUGAAAGGAGAAGCUGCGAGUCAAGUGCAAGAGAGACAGAAAGAACUGAAAAAUGAAGUCAGGAGCAACAAAGCCUUAGUGGAUUCUCUCAAUGAAGUGAGCAGUGCCUUGUUGGAACUGGUGCCCUGGAGGGCCAGGGAAGGGCUUGAGAAGAUGAUUGCUGAGGACAACGAACGCUACCGACUGGUGAGCGACACAAUCACGCAGAAAGUGGAGGAGAUCGACGCUGCCAUUCUGAGGUCUCAGCAGUUUGAGCAAGCGGCAGAUGCCGAGUUAUCCUGGAUCACUGAAACACAGAAGAAAUUAAUGUCUCUGGGUGACAUCAGGCUUGAGCAAGACCAGACCUCUGCUCAGCUGCAGGUUCAGAAGGCUUUCACCAUGGAUAUUUUGAGACACAAAGACAUCAUUGAUGAGCUUGUUACGUCUGGGCAUAAAAUCAUGACCACAUCCAGUGAAGAGGAGAAGCAGUCAAUGAAGAAAAAGCUGGACAAGGUACUGAAGAAGUACGAUGCCGUCUGCCAGAUCAACUCAGAGAGGCACCUGCAGCUGGAGCGGGCACAGUCCCUCGUUAGCCAGUUCUGGGAGACCUAUGAGGAACUUUGGCCCUGGCUAACGGAAACACAGCGAAUCAUCUCUCAGCUGCCUGCCCCAGCUCUGGAGUACGAGACUCUGAGGAGACAGCAAGAGGAGCACCGGCAACUUCGAGAACUGAUAGCCGAGCACAAGCCACACAUAGAUAAGAUGAACAAGACUGGGCCACAGCUAUUGGAACUGAGCCCAAAGGAAGGCAUUUAUAUCCAAGAAAAGUAUGUGGCAGCGGACACCCUCUACAGUCAAAUUAAAGAAGAUGUCAAAAAGCGAGCUGUGGUACUUGAUGAGGCCAUUUCUCAGUCCACCCAGUUUCAUGACAAGAUCGACCAGAUCCUUGAGAGCCUGGAACGCAUUGCGGAGCGUCUGCGGCAGCCGCCAUCCAUCUCCGCCGAGGUGGAGAAGAUCAAGGAGCAGAUUGGUGAAAAUAAGAGCGUGUCCGUGGACAUGGAGAAGCUGCAGCCGCUAUACGAGACUCUGAGGCAGAGGGGAGAGGAGAUGAUCGCCAGAUCCGAGGGCACCGAAAAAGAUGUAUCUGCCAAAGCUGUGCAGGAUAAGUUGGACCAAAUGGUUUUCAUCUGGGGAAGCAUCCACACGCUGGUCGAAGAACGGGAAGCCAAACUGCUGGAUGUGAUGGAGCUAGCAGAGAAAUUCUGGUGCGAUCACAUGUCGCUGGUCGUUACCAUCAAAGACACUCAGGAUUUCAUCCGGGACCUGGAGGAUCCCGGAAUCGACCCCUCGGUCGUAAAGCAGCAGCAGGAAGCUGCAGAGGCAAUCAGAGAGGAGAUCGACGGCCUGCAGGAGGAGCUGGACAUGGUCAUCACGCUAGGCUCAGAGCUCAUCGCCGCAUGUGGGGAGCCUGACAAACCCAUUGUCAAGAAGAGCAUUGACGAGCUAAAUUCAGCAUGGGAUUCUCUAAAUAAAGCUUGGAAGGACCGGGUGGACAGACUGGAAGAGGCCAUGCAAGCUGCCGUUCAGUACCAGGACGGAUUGCAGGGAAUAUUCGACUGGGUUGACAUCGCAGGCAACAAGUUAGCCACAAUGUCUCCCAUUGGAACAGACCUGGAGACCGUCAAGCAGCAGAUUGAAGAGCUGAAGCAAUUUAAGUCAGAAGCUUAUCAACAACAGAUAGAAAUGGAAAGGCUGAACCAUCAAGCAGAACUGUUGCUGAAGAAAGUAACAGAGGAGGCAGAUAAGCACACAGUCCAGGACCCACUGAUGGAGCUGAAGUUGAUCUGGGACAGCCUGGACGAGCGAAUUGUCAGCAGACAGCACAAGCUCGAGGGUGCUCUCUUAGCACUGGGUCAGUUCCAGCACGCCCUGGACGAGCUCCUCGCAUGGUUGACACACACCAAGGGCUUGCUAAGUGAACAGAAACCCGUUGGAGGAGACCCGAAAGCCAUUGAGAUUGAACUGGCUAAGCAUCACGUGCUCCAAAAUGACGUCUUAGCCCACCAGUCCACGGUAGAAGCCGUCAACAAAGCAGGAAAUGAUCUCAUCGAGUCAAGUGAAGGCGAAGAAGCAAGCAACCUCCAGUACAAGCUCAGAAUUCUCAAUCAGCGCUGGCAGGAUAUUUUGGAAAAGACAGAUCAAAGAAAGCAGCAGCUGGACAGCGCCUUGCGCCAGGCCAAAGGGUUCCACGGUGAAAUCGAAGAUUUGCAACAGUGGCUGACGGACACAGAGCGUCAUCUCUUGGCAUCUAAACCUCUGGGAGGUCUCCCAGAGACAGCCAAGGAGCAGCUUAACGCACAUAUGGAAGUCUGCACCGCCUUUGCCAUCAAGGAAGAGACAUACAAGAGCCUGAUGCUGAGGGGGCAGCAGAUGCUUGCAAGGUGUCCCCGAUCUGCGGAGACCAACAUUGACCAAGACAUCACCAACCUGAAAGAGAAGUGGGAAUCCGUGAAGAGCAAACUCAACGAGAAGAAAACAAAGUUGGAGGAGGCCCUGCACUUGGCCAUGAACUUCCACAACUCCCUCCAGGACUUCAUCAACUGGCUUACCCAGGCUGAGCAAACUCUGAACGUGGCUUCUCGGCCAAGUCUUAUCUUGGACACCAUCUUGUUUCAAAUUGAUGAGCACAAGGUCUUUGCGAACGAAGUGAAUUCUCACCGCGAGCAGAUAAUAGAGCUGGACAAAACUGGAACCCACCUGAAGUAUUUCAGUCAGAAACAAGAUGUCGUGCUCAUCAAGAACCUGCUCAUCAGCGUACAGAGUCGGUGGGAAAAGGUGGUGCAGCGCCUGGUAGAGAGAGGGAGAUCCCUGGACGAAGCCAGGAAGAGGGCCAAGCAGUUCCAUGAAGCUUGGAGCAAGCUGAUGGAAUGGCUGGAAGAGUCAGAAAAAUCUUUGGAUUCUGAGCUGGAAAUCGCCAACGAUCCAGACAAAAUCAAAGCCCAGCUGGUCCAGCACAAGGAGUUUCAGAAAUCACUCGGAGGCAAACAUUCUGUCUACGAUACCACCAACCGAACUGGGCGUUCUCUGAAGGAGAAAACCUCCCUGGCGGAUGACAACCUGAAGCUGGACAACAUGCUGAGUGAACUUAGGGACAAAUGGGACACCAUCUGUGGAAAGUCUGUGGAAAGACAAAACAAAUUGGAGGAAGCUCUGUUAUUUUCUGGACAGUUCACAGAUGCCCUGCAGGCCCUCAUUGAUUGGCUGUAUCGAGUUGAGCCCCAGCUGGCAGAAGACCAGCCUGUCCACGGGGACAUUGACUUGGUGAUGAACCUGAUCGAUAACCACAAGGUCUUCCAGAAAGAGCUGGGGAAGAGGACCAGCAGCGUGCAGGCCCUGAAGCGCUCUGCCAGGGAACUCAUCGAAGGCAGCCGAGACGACUCCUCCUGGGUCAGGGUCCAGAUGCAGGAGCUAAGCACCCGCUGGGAGACCGUGUGUGCACUCUCCAUAUCAAAGCAGACGCGGCUAGAGUCAGCCCUGCAACAGGCAGAGGAAUUCCACUCUGUGGUCCAUACCCUCUUGGAGUGGCUGGCAGAAGCAGAGCAAACCCUGCGUUUCCAUGGUGCUCUCCCAGAUGAUGAGGAUGCUCUCCGGACUCUCAUUGAGCAACAUAAAGAGUUCAUGAAGAGACUGGAAGAGAAAAGGGCAGAACUAAGUAAGGCCACUGGUAUGGGGGACGCUCUUCUGGCCGUCUGCCACCCUGACUCCAUUACCACCAUUAAGCACUGGAUCACAAUCAUCCAGGCCAGGUUUGAAGAGGUGCUGGCCUGGGCGAAGCAGCACCAGCAGAGGUUAGCAGGGGCGCUGGCUGGGCUCAUCGCCAAGCAGGAGCUGCUGGAGACACUGCUGGCAUGGCUACAAUGGGCGGAAACCACACUGACCGAGAAAGAUAAGGAAGUUAUCCCCCAGGAGAUCGAAGAGGUGAAAACCCUCAUUGCAGAGCACCAGACCUUCAUGGAAGAAAUGACCAGAAAACAGCCCGACGUUGAUAAAGUUACCAAGACCUAUAAGAGGAGGGCCGCUGACCCUCCCUCAUUACAGUCUCACAUCCCCGUCUUGGACAAGGGACGAGCCGGAAGGAAACGCUUCCCAGCCUCGGGCUUAUAUCCAUCUGGCUCACAGACACAAAUCGAAACCAAGAACCCCAGGGUUAACCUGCUGGUGAGCAAGUGGCAGCAGGUCUGGCUCCUGGCCUUGGAAAGGAGGAGGAAGCUCAACGACGCCCUGGACAGGCUGGAGGAGCUGAGGGAAUUUGCCAACUUCGAUUUCGACAUCUGGCGGAAAAAGUACAUGAGGUGGAUGAACCAUAAGAAAUCGAGAGUGAUGGAUUUCUUCCGGAGAAUUGAUAAGGACCAGGAUGGAAAGAUCACGCGGCAGGAAUUCAUCGACGGCAUUCUCUCCUCCAAGUUUCCUACCAGUCGCCUGGAGAUGAGCGCCGUGGCAGACAUCUUUGACAGAGAUGGUGACGGGUACAUUGACUACUAUGAAUUCGUGGCCGCUCUGCAUCCAAACAAAGAUGCGUACAAACCCAUCACGGAUGCUGACAAAAUUGAGGACGAGGUCACGAGGCAGGUAGCCAAGUGUAAGUGUGCCAAGCGAUUCCAAGUUGAACAGAUCGGCGAUAACAAAUACAGGUUCUUCCUGGGAAAUCAGUUUGGAGACUCCCAGCAGCUGCGGCUGGUUCGGAUCCUGCGAAGCACGGUGAUGGUUCGUGUUGGAGGCGGAUGGAUGGCUCUGGAUGAGUUCUUAGUGAAAAAUGAUCCCUGCAGGGUUCACCAUCACGGGAGUAAAAUGUUGCGUUCGGAAUCAAACUCUUCAAUUACUGCUACUCAGCCUACUCUAGCUAAAGGAAGGACCAACAUGGAGCUGCGGGAAAAGUUCAUCCUAGCAGAUGGUGCCAGCCAGGGUAUGGCCGCCUUCCGACCGCGAGGCCGCCGAUCUCGCCCUUCAUCCAGAGGAGCUUCCCCCAACAGAUCCACUUCCGCGUCCAGUCAUGCCUGCCAGGCAGCCUCCCCACAGGUGCCUGCUGCCGCCAGCACACCCAAGAUUCUCCAUCCUUUAACACGCAAUUAUGGUAAACCAUGGUUGGCAAACAGCAAAAUGUCAACUCCCUGUAAAGCAGCAGAAUGCCCCGACUUUCCCGUGUCAUCCGCAGAGGGCACACCAAUCCAAGGAAGCAAGCUGCGACUACCCGGGUACCUGUCAGGGAAAGGCUUCCACUCCGGGGAGGACAGCACCUUGAUAACGACAGCAGCCGCCAGAGUCCGAACACAGUUCGCUGAGUCCAGGAAGACUCCCAGCCGCCCAGGAAGCAGAGCGGGAAGCAAAGCUGGAAGCAGAGCCAGCAGCCGCCGAGGCAGCGACGCGUCCGACUUUGACAUUUCAGAAAUCCAGUCUGUGUGCUCAGACGUGGAGACCGUCCCACAGACACACAGACCUGUGCCCCGAGCAGGUUCUCGGCCAUCCACAGCCAAGCCUUCUAAAAUCCCCACACCCCAGAGGAGGUCACCUGCCAGCAAAUUAGACAAGUCUUCGAAGAGAUAGUGCAAUUGGCUCCAACCAGCCCUUCCCCGAGCAUUUACUAUUUAAGCGAAUGAUGUAAAAUACGAUGUAGAAAUUACUGUGAAAUAUUGCAGGAGGCAAGUUUUAAAUUCUGCAGAUGGCCUUAUUUGUGUAUUUGUCUUUUUAUUUGAUCUGUAUGACUUUUUUGGUCAGAUUUUCUGGGGGUAAAAGUCACAUCAUAUGUGAUAAGGAAGAAAGAACUUAACAUGAACUGAUGUUUCUGCACUGUCGCGUGUAGACCAUACACUAAAAGUCAGUUACUGUACCUACAGGUAAGUCCACAUUCUCUCUGACAACCACAGCACUACAUAGCUGACAUUAAGGGAUACCUCAUGACACCUUUUAUGGAGAUUCUGAACAGCUGACAAACCAAGCAGGGAAUUGUAUUUUUAUUUAUUUUUUAUUUUUAUUUUUUUGCGAUGCUCUAACUGUAAAUUAGAAGACAAAAGGAAAAACACAACAAGAAGCAGUUCUUCGAGCAGCCUCCAAGAGAGAAUCAGAGUCACAGGAAAACGCCUCAAGCAGCCGCCAGUACCAUGGCGUUCACGCACCUCCCAGUGUCCUUGUGCCUCUGCUUCAGGCGCAGCCAGACGCGCCCUGGGCAUCCGCCGUCUCUACCGUAGGGAUGCGGUGCUCCGUGCAUCCGUGUACAUGUGCAAGGUUUUGCUCUGCUUGGGUGGACAGCAGCCCCUGUACCACUGAACUCAUUUUGUAACAGCAAUUUCGCUUGCAAAAAAAAAAAAAAAAAAAAAAAGCUCUGAAAUAAAACACAUCCCUUAACUA